AUGAAGACUUUUAGAAUUGUAUUUGCUUUGGCAUUGGCCUGUUUGGCUAAGGUUGAAGCAGGUCCUUGUGGCACAUGUGGAGGAUAUCCAUUCCUUCCAGAUCCUUAUCUAAACUUUGGUUUGGCACCACCCCCACUUCCACUUCCUCUUCCACCACCGUGUUUACCACUACCACCACUUCCUCUUCCACCACCGUGUUUACCACUACCACCACUUCCUCUUCCACUUCCACUUCCUCUUCCACCACCAUGUUUACCACUACCACCACUUCCUCUUCCACUCCCUUGCUUACCACCACCAUGUUUACCACUACCACCACUUCCACUCCCACUUCCUCUUCCACCACCGUGUUUACCACUACCACCACUUCCUCUCCCACUCCCUUGCUUACCACCACCACCACCACCAUGCUUCCUUCCACCCCCAUGUUUACCACUACCACCCCUCCCACUCCCACUUCCACUUCCUCUUCCACCACCAUGUUUACCACUACCACCACUUCCUCUUCCACUCCCUUGCUUACCACCACCACCCCCAUGCUUCCUCCCACCACCAUGUUUACCACUACCACCACUUCCACUCCCACUUCCACUCCCUUGCUUACCACCACCACCACCACCAUGUUUCCUUCCUUGUGUUCUACCUCCUUGUGUUCCACCUCCAGCGUUGAUUCCAGUACCUCUAGCACCUCUGCCUUGUUUCUCUAUUCCACCAUUAUGUCCACCUUGUCCACCAUUAUGUCCACCUUGCCUACCACCUCCUUGCUACUGUUAA